GCGGCAAGUUUAAGCGAAGUAAGAAGAUUUGGAAGCGAUGAAGACAUCAAUUGUUCAGCCAACUGUUCAGGGACAUGGAUUUUUGAUGCAGGAAGAAAACGAUAAAAAUUGAUUGAAUUCCGUUGGAUCAAAACUACAGAAAAUGAGACGAAGUCUUGCACCGAGUCAGCUUGCUAAGCGGAAGCCAGGAGAUUCCUCCAAUGAAGAGGAUGUGAACACAAAACGGCGCAAGCUGGGAUCUGAGCGCAACAACAUUGAAAAUUUUAUAUCUCCAUUCAGGAAACCCCUAGCACAGCUAACCAAUCGGCCUGUGUGCCUGGACAGCAGUCAGCAUGAAGCUUUCAUUCGGAGUAUCCUGGCCAAACCUUUCCGAGUGCCUAUUCCAAAUUACACAGGUUCUCUUGGAUUAAAGGCCCUCGGGAUUAAACGUGCAGGAGCCAGGCAAUCACUUCAUGAUCCAUAUGAAGAAGGUGCUUUAGUACUUUUUGAACCUCCGCCUCUUAGUGCACAUGACCAGCUAAAGGCUGACAAAGAUAAACUUCCAGUACAUGUGGUGGUAGAUCCGAUCCUGUCUUCUGUCCUACGACCUCAUCAAAGAGAGGGUGUGAAGUUCAUGUGGGACUGUGUGACGGGUCGACGAAUUGUGGAUGGCUAUGGCUGUAUUAUGGCAGAUGAGAUGGGACUGGGCAAGACUUUGCAGUGUAUUUCACUAAUGUGGACACUCUUGCGACAAAGCCCUGAAGCCAAGCCAGAGAUCGGAAAAGUUAUUGUUGUGACUCCAUCCAGUUUAGUAAAAAACUGGUAUAAUGAGGUGGAGAAGUGGCUGGCAGGGAAAUUACAGUCCCUGGCUAUUGAUGGAGGAACUAAAGCAGAGAUAGACAAGAAACUGGCCAUGUUUAUGAGCCAACACGGAUUGCGGAUUCAAACGCCAAUCCUAAUAAUUUCUUACGAGACGUUCCGAUUACAUGCUGAUGUGCUUUGCAGAGGUCCUGUUGGUUUAGUCAUCUGUGAUGAGGGGCAUAGGCUGAAGAAUUCAGACAAUCAGACAUAUCAGGCAUUGAACAAUCUGAAUGCCAAGCGUCGUGUGUUGAUCUCAGGAACACCAAUCCAGAAUGACUUGCUAGAAUAUUUCAGCCUUGUCCAUUUUGUUAAUGCAGGAAUACUGGGGACUGUACAAGAAUUUAAAAAGCGGUUUGAAUUGCCCAUCUUGAAGGGUCGUGAUGCGGAUGCGAGUGAAAAUGAAAGAUUGUGUGGUGAGGAGAAGCUGAAAGAAUUGAUCAGCGUUGUGAAUAGGUGUUUGAUUCGAAGAACCUCAGAUAUUCUCUCCAAAUACUUGCCAGUGAAGAUUGAACAGAUUGUCUGUUGCAGACUCACUCCCCUGCAGUUAGAGUUGUACAAGUUGUUCUUAAAACAAGCCAAACCAGCAUUAGAAGUGGAGCAAGCUCACAAUGGGAAGAUAAGCAUUUCCUCCCUGUCUUCGAUUACCUCGCUGAAGAAACUUUGUAACCACCCAGCAUUGAUCUAUGAGAAAUCUGUUGAAGGUGAAGGAGGAUUUCGAGGAGCACUUGAUCUCUUUCCACCAGGAUACAGUACAAAAUCCGUGGAGCCUCAGUUGUCUGGCAAAAUGCUUAUUCUUGACUAUAUCUUAGCCAUGACUCGAAGUACCAGCUCUGAUAAGGUGGUUCUGGUAUCAAACUACACACAAACUCUUGAUUUAUUUGAGAAGCUCUGCAGAGAUAGGAGAUACCUUUAUGUUAGACUGGAUGGUACAAUGACAGUAAAAAAGAGAGCCAAGAUAGUGGAACGUUUCAAUAACCCUGCGAACCCUGAAUUUAUAUUCAUGUUGAGUAGCAAAGCUGGAGGAUGUGGCUUGAAUUUAAUUGGUGCAAACCGGUUGGUCAUGUUUGAUCCAGACUGGAAUCCAGCUAACGAUGAGCAAGCGAUGGCUCGUAUAUGGCGAGAUGGACAGAAGAAGACUUGCUACAUUUACAGGCUUUUAUCGACAGGGACAAUUGAGGAGAAGAUUUUCCAGCGUCAAACUCACAAGAAGGCACUGAGUAGCUGUGUAGUGGAUGAGGAGCAAGAUGUUGAACGACACUUCUCUCUUGGAGAGCUUAAGGAGCUCUUUACUCUAAACGAGAACACAGCAAGUGAUACUCAUGAUAGGCUGAAAUGUCGUCGAUGUGUGAAUGGUCACCAGGUGCGCCCCCCUCCCGAAGACUCAGAUUGCACAUCAGAUGUCUCUCAGUGGAAUCACUGUGAGAAUAAACGUGGACUGCGCGAUACGGUCCUUCAUUCGGCCUGGGAUGCUGCAGUCUCCUUUGUGUUUCAUCACCACUCCCAUGAGGAGCAACGUGGAGUUAUCUGAGAUACUCAAUGGUUAUAAAAAAUGAAGAUUCAUUAAAGGUACCUAAAAUGGAUCAGUUGGCUUUCUGAAAUCUUAUUGCAUUUUGGUGUACCAACAAUGAAGGUUCUGAACUUUGAGGAAUCUGCAUGAGGAUCGGCUGGCUGCAUUACUCCACUUUGAUUUCAUUUAUUUGAAUAUGCUGCCUUUCACAGAUUGCAAAGAAAAUAUUCAUCACUGUCCUUUUACAGUGCUCCUGAAUGCUGUAUCAUUUGCAAAUAGAACACUUGAAACAUCUAGUCUUGUGGAAAGCAAAUGUCUGCAUUGUAUAUUGUGUAAAGACUUACUGUGAUCUAUUCUGUGAAUAGGUGAAGGCUCAUUCUAAGCUAUAUUUUGUUAAAAGUAUUGGGGGAGUUGUAAGUUGUGGGGAUGAAUCAGUAAUAUUUAAGUGUUAAUACAGUAUUCAUGUUCAAAGAAUAGAUGACUUAAAAUUCAUAUGUAUAAAAUACUAUCUUCAAUCUGUUAUUAUCUCUAAAGGUUUAUAUAAUUUCAAGAUUCCUGAUGCUCAUAGAUCAUUGAGCCACAUUGGUAGCAAUAUAUUUAAAUAUUGCUUUAAAGUAAUAGUUCUCUGUUAUAAGACUUGCUGAUCAUUGGGAACAUUAGUAUGAAGUGUUUCUGGAGAUUCAAUAUUUUAUCUUUGCUCUAUUCAAAACACCUGUGCAUCUACUGUUGAACUACUGCUAAUAGCUUUAUUAAUGGCUAAUUUAGGGAGGUCCAAGGUCUGAGCUCAAUUUGUUCUGCCCCAGAUCAACUGUCUGCACUUUUAAGUUGACAAAAGUACCAGCUGAUGGGAAAAUUCUCCUUUAACCUGAUCAUUGUUCUCCAUUAAAUCCACAAUGUGAUUGUCUCCCUUAUUUUUAAAUGUAGCUGUUGUACAGUACUGAACUUAAUGUACUAAGCCAAUAAAAAUCAUGGUUUCCUUUUGGUUUGAAUGUAAACUGUGGCUGAAGCACACCUGUUUCCAUUUUAAACUAUGUAUGUUUGGGUUAAUUGUAAUAUGAACAUUUACUUUCCUCUCAUGGGACGUUGGUAUCAGUGGCAAGGGCCAUAUUUAAUGCACAUUUCUAAUUGACAUUGAUAGGGGUGGUAUGUACCAUCUUGAAUGGCUUUGGUUACCAUGCCGCGCUAAUGCCAAGUGGAAAGUGAGUUUUCAGCCAGUUUUUAUUGCUGGUUAUCUUGUGGAUUAAUACUGAACAAGGAAAUGAAGAUAUUUGGGGAAAUGCUACUAUGAAAACAUUGGCCGUUUCUGAAGUUGAAGUGAUUAACA